CCAGGUAACCUUGUUCCUCUAGAUGAAAAAGUGGAAUGGACAAAAGAGUAUGAGCAAAUAAUCACAAGUAUGGAAGACCCAGAUGUGAUGCCAAAUUACACCGACAUCACUGUGCCAAUAUUUGUUUAUAGCGUGAAGAGGAACCUCGCAACACAUGAAGAACAGGAGAUCAAAUCAUUCCUUACCAACUGCCGCAAUUUAACAGGAAUUUUCCCCAUCAUUGUCCUCACCCACAAGACAAGCGGUAACUUCGCCAAGUUCCGUGAUCUGUUUGAAGGGAUGGGGGCGGAGGAGAUCAUUCAGGUGGAGAACUACACGACGGAGGACCACACUGAGACCCGGGGAAGACACCUUCAAUUCCUG